AUGCUUCCGCCCAGCUACCUCCAGUUCGCCGCCGCCGCUCUCAUGAUUCAUCGGCCAUCCAGAGCAUCGCCCAUGCAUGACGCCCGUCGUUUGCAACCUGGAUCUCGUCGCUGCGGAUCACCUCGCUCAUCAACACUUGACCUUGUGGAUAAGUUUCCCUUCGUGCUGUCGUCCAACACGACACCUCUCGACGCCCUGAUGGCCCGCUUGGAGUCUGGUCCUUGAAGCUUUGCAUUGUGUGCCUGCCCAGUUAGAUUCUCUGUGCGCUCCCUUGCUAGAACCUCGCCCGACUCGCGCGCUCCCGCGCCUCUUUCCCUUUUCUCUAUCGUUUCAUCUCAUCAUUCAGACUGCUGAGAUUCGCUAGAGAACAGAUCGCUCGGCUGCGCCGCGGCUGCCUCUCCAGGCCGCGUCUUCACCGCCUCGCGACUUCUCGACCGGGGAGCACUUUGCUACGUCGUCCUGCCUCGCAACCUCCCGAAACGAUCCGGUCCGUGCCGCCUCACGAUUCUCCAGCGACCCCCUGGUCCCAACUUAACACUGACUUGGUCAAGCACACGAAGUACUUCGAGCUCAAGAACACCAUGAAGGAACUCAAGGGCACAUCGCUGGCUCCCGCCUCCGCCUUUGUCGCCACCGUCGAAGCUGUCCACCAAGGUGCGCUACCCGCUCUCGCCGCCACCAAGUCCAGUAGGCUCCCUUUACUUACCCUUCACCGCCGCUACGGCCAUGCUUCCGUCCAGACACUUAAAAAGCUGGCGGCCUCUGGCCAGGUGAAGGGUUUGGAUUGGUCCUAUAGUGAUUCUGAGUGUAGGGACUUCUCUUGCAACGCGUGCCUCGCUUCCAAAGCCCACCGCUCGCCUUUCCCUUCGUCGUUGUUGCAUGCCACCGAACCGUUGGCGUUGGUGCACUCGGACGUCUUGUCGUUCCCCGAGGAAUCCGCCUCGAACAAACGCUACCUUGUCACGUUUAUCGACGACUACUUGCGCAAAGUUUGGGGUUACCCCAUAGGGCACAAGAGCGAGGUCCUGCAAAUGUUCAAGGACUGGCUUUUGGAGAUCAAAAACACCACUGGGCGCCGAGUCAAAACCCUACGCUCCGACAAUGGAGGCAAAUACAUCUCUACCGCCUUCAACGGUUUUUGCGUGGCGCGCGGAAUUCGUCGCGAGUUGACCAUCCCUUACACCCCUGAGCAGAACGGUUGAGCGGAGCGCGUCAACUUGUCGAUCGUGGAAGGCACUUUGGCUCUCCUGUCCCACUCAGGACUACCACGAUCGUGCUGGGACGAGGCGGCCAUGUGUUACAUCCACGCCAAGAACCUCUCACCCCACGCAGCUCUGGGCGGGGCCAUCCCCAACACUUGA